AUGGGAGUCCUAUCGGAAGGGACGGCGUUGAGUUGGAAAGAAAUCGCAAGUGUGUCCGAUGUUUAUCGAUCGUAUGCAUUAGAUCAAUUAAUACGUGUCUUUGAAAAAUACAAGGAUCAAAAAGGAGAUUCAUUUCAAUGGGGUGAUGAGUUGGAAUUCGCGAUGGUACGUUUCGAUCAUUCAAACAAACGUGUACAAUUGUUACUGUCAGGUCAUGAAGUUUUGCCACCUCUGAAAGAAAUGAACGAAACAGUCGAAGAAGAUACUCAUCGUAUUGCUUGGCAUCCAGAAGCAUGCAAUUAUAUGGUUGAAGGUGUACCAUCGCAGCCAUACGGUUACGUUUCGUCUUAUCUUAACACUGUCGAAGCGAAUAUGGCAUUACGACGAAAUCAAGUGCAGCAAAUUUUAUCGAAAAAAUCAGACUGCGAAUUUGUUCUGAACCUUGCUGCGUUUCCGCGAUAUGGCCAUGGUCAAUAUAUUCAUCCACCGGAGGAAAAUGGUUCGGAUCAAUCGUUUUACUAUCCAGAAAUACUUAUCUCUCCAGUUCAUCCUCGCAUGAAAUCAGUGCUGUUGAAUAUCAAUGAACGACGAAGUUUACCAGCACCUGUUGCUAUUCCAAUUUUUCGAGAUAGUUCAACUCCAAAACCAUUCCAAGAUUCUCCAUGGAAAGACAAGAUCGAUAUCCAAGAUGAUCAUAUUUACUUGGAUGGAUGUUUAGCUGGUUGGGGCUGCUGUUGUCUACAAGUAACAUUCAAAGCACAAUCAUUGAGUGAAUGCCUUCAAGUAUAUGAUCAAUUAUUACCCUUAACAGCAAUCAUGUUAGCAUUGAGUAAUGCUUGUCCAAUUUGGCGUGGUUAUCUGACAGAAAUGGAUUCUCGAUAUGAAGCUGUUUUCCAAGCAGGAGAUGAUCGAACCCCAGAGGAACGACAACGACCAACGUUGAACUCACGUUGUGCUCCAACACCGUUUUAUCUAUGUGACGAACAUAAUCAUCUCAAUGAUGUUGAACUCGAUUCCAAAUUGACUGAAUUCUUCUAUAAAAUAGGAAUGUCACCAACAUUGGCUCAUCAUUUCGGUCACUUGUUCAUCCGAGAUCCAUUGGUUAUUAUCAAAGAAAAUCUUUAUCCAACAGAUGAUACAACAUCGUACCACUUCGAAAAUCUAAAUUCAACAGUUUGGCAUUCACUUCGAUUCAAACCACCACCACUCGACGAUGGCAAAAUGGGAUGGAGAGUGGAAUUUCGGCCAAUGGAUAUCCAAAUAACUGAUUUUGAAAAUGCCUCACUCACCGUAUUUAUGGCUCUUCUAACGCGAGUCAUUCUCACCUUUGAAUUAGAUUUGACAAUUCCGAUUUCUCAAGUCAAUGAGAAUAUCACUCGAGCGCAUCAUCGUGACUCUGUUCGACAAGAAAAGUUCCAUUUCCGCAUCGCGGACAAAAUCUCUCUCCUAUCCAUCAAUGAAAUCAUCAACGGAAUCGGUGACUUUCCCGGUUUAGUCCCGCUUGUUCAAAAAUAUCUCGACGCAAUGGAAGAUAUUACCAGCGAUACAAGAUGCACCAUUGAAAAGUAUCUCUCCUUGAUUUCCAAACGAGCUGCCGGUACUCUACUAACAGAUGCGUCGUGGAUUCGACAAUUUGUCACCACUCAUCCGAGCUAUAAGCAAGAUUCAGUGGUAACGGACGAAAUUCAACAUGAUCUUAUAUGGAAAAUUCAACAAAUUGCCAAUGGACAUGAAGCUUGUCCACAGCUAAUCCAAUCUCGGAUGAGAACACACACGAACUUAUGUCCUGAAUGA